UUAUUAAAUUGUAAACAACUAACGAAAGACGAAAACUUAGAAAUCCAACUACCUAUCUUAAAUUGUUCAAAAUGAGUUCAGAUAUCCAGGGCGACGAUUGGGAUUUACCAUGUUCGGAUGACGAACUUUCAAAGUGCGGUGUCACAAUUGGAAAGAGUUGGAUGCCGGACCCAAAUGAAUUGGAAGAACUAUACAAAACAAUAGAGAUAAAAGGAACAUUGAAUUUGGAGUGGAAAUGUCCCGGGCGACGGGCUCCUUCCCCGGUAGCAGUGAGCAAAGAGAAUCAGCCUGAAGCUAUGCAAACUUCGCCAGUUCGGGAAGAGAAAUCAGACUUUGACUUUAUGGAUGAAAUGGUGCAUAAUUCUUUGCAUUUACGAGUACGUAGAGAAGGAGAAGACACACUUAGAGGCUCUGCUAAGAAGAAAACCACUUCAUUUGAUGGUAUUUUAUCAAACAUGAUAAGGCAUAAAAGGAUUGAGCAGUUGGAGAAACAAGCUACAACACCAACUUCAUCACAAUCAAAUAGCAGUACUUGAUAUUAUCUUAGUGAGUGAUCAAAGCAAAUAAAAGACUUAGAUAUUACAUAUUAAGUGAUAAAUGAGGCCCAUGAAUGCCAGGUGCAUGUAUCAUUAUAAACAUAAUUAAGGUAGUGCACAGAAUACAAAUGAAAAUUUGUUAGAAUAUUGUGUGAGGUUUAUAGUCAAAAGUUGUGCAAAACAACUAUCUUCUUUAAAAUCUUAAAGCAUCCUCAGAAUAUAUUGUAAGAACUCUUCAUUGAAGAUAUUAAAGUUGUUAUUUUUCAAUAUUAACUUUUUAUAGUUUAAAUUGUAAAAUAAAUAAUUUUUAU